UUUGACGUAGAUCUACAACAACGCAGUAGGCAUACACUCAGCCAUGCUUUUAGAGCUCAUCAGGGUGCGCGACUCAGGUCUAUACUUUACAUUAGAGUAGAUCCCUUACUUAACUGUACUUUAGUAGUUACACUGACAAAGCAACAAACUCAAACAGACUGACACGACCUCCAGAGAGAGACCAAAACUCUGUCUACGGGGAAGGCCACACAAAAGAUGGAUGGGGGAGUCAAAGGGAACCCAAAGAAACUACGUCUCAGCUGAAAUUGUCUGCGAUAGAGAAAGUAGAAGACACGGUUCCACACCGCCAAGAUGUCGAUUCUUCAGAAAAUUGCCGAUAUUGAGUCCGAGAUGGCUCGGACUCAGAAAAAUAAGGCUACCAGUGGCCACUUGGGUCUUCUGAAAGCCAAGUUAGCAAAAUUACGUCGAGAACUGAUUGAACCAAAAGGAGGUGCUGGCGCCACUGGAGAGGGCUUUGAUGUUGCCAAGACUGGAGAUGCAAGAAUUGGUUUUGUUGGUUUCCCAUCAGUUGGAAAGUCUACCCUUCUGAGUAACCUCGCUGGCGUGUACUCGGAAGUGGCAGCCUAUGAGUUCACCACUCUCACCACUGUUCCUGGUGUCAUUAGGUACAAGGGUGCGAAAAUACAGCUUCUCGAUUUGCCAGGUAUUAUCGAAGGAGCCAAAGAUGGAAAGGGUAGAGGCAAACAGGUUAUUGCAGUGGCGAGAACAUGCGGCCUGAUCUUCAUCGUCCUGGACGUUCUCAAGCCCCUACAACACAAACGUAUCAUUGAGCGAGAGUUGGAAGGCUUCGGUAUCAGAUUGAACAAGGAGCCCCCCAACAUUCAGUUCAAGAAGAAAGAAAAGGGCGGACUGAAUUUAACAUCUCUGGUAACGCAAACUGAGUUGGACAACGACCUGGUUAAGACAAUUCUCAACGAGUACAAAAUCCACAACGCAGAUAUUACGCUGCGCUACGAUGCCACCACAGAGGACCUCAUUGACGUGAUCGAGGGGAACCGUGUCUACAUCCCCUGCAUCUACCUCCUCAACAAGAUUGAUCAGAUAUCGAUAGAGGAACUGGACAUUAUUUACAAGGUCCCCCACUGCGUGCCCAUCUCUGCUCAUCACAAGUGGAAUUUUGACGAUUUAUUGGAAAAAAUGUGGAACUAUCUCCAACUUGUGCGAAUCUACACAAAACCCAAAGGACAGCUUCCUGAUUACUCGUCCCCUGUGGUGCUGAAGGCAGGCCGCAGUUCUGUGGAGGAUUUCUGUAACAAAUUGCACAGGAGCAUUAUCAAAGAGUUCAAAAUAGCUCUUGUGUGGGGCUCGUCUGUGAAGCAUUGUCCGCAGCGUGUGGGAAAGGAACAUGUCCUGAAUGACGAGGAUGUUGUACAGAUCAUUAAAAGAGUGUGAAGCUGGAUCUAUUUCUGCGUCGCUAGUCUGGACUGGAUGUAUGGAACGUGUGUACUUUCUCUCGCUUGGCCCGUCUGUGGGACGGAAACGCAACUGAGUGGAGACCUUCAAGUCUUGCUGUGACAACUUUUCCAGACCCCUCAUCGUCCAUUAGAAAGGCUUUAGAUUAUUUUCAUUGGUAUUAUAAUCAGGCUCUCUCUGUGGACUAGAACCUUUCUCGUAUCACGUGGAUUAAAGUUCAAGACCAUGGGCAUUGGUUAGUGUGCACAUACCUGGUAUUUUGAAGAGUUUGAUGAGAAGCGUUACAAGUUUCUGUACUGAACCAGCAGUAAUUGAUCUGAAGGAAAGACUAUUGUAAAGACAAGCUGAGUAUACAGGUUUUAUGGAACAACUAAUUUAGCAUUCUUCUCAUUACUUUUAUGAGUUUGACAGCAAAAGAAAGAUAUUGCAGGCACCUGUUGUGGUGGUCUUUGUCUAUCGCACAGGGUAAAAUUUCAACAAUUCUUCAUUGCGGACAUCUUUUGAAAUUUUCAGGCUGUCAUUAGAAAAACUUUGUUACUGGUACCUCCUGUUAAGCAACUUGAGAAUGAAAAUGAAGUGUAAGAAUACAUAAGUGAUCAGAAUUCCUCUUUCUGCGACCUUUCUGUUUUACAUGUGGUUGUGAGGUAUAUGUGGUCGGUUUGUAGUUUUGGCAUGCUCUGUUUCUGCUGCCUUCUCUUCAGUGCCACUACUGUCUUCACCUGUCUUCUUCCCCUGUGUCUAACCUGAUGGUAAUGUCAGUAUGUUGGGAAUCCCCUGAUUCCUUGAAUGAAUCUGCUGUGUGAAAUACCAUGGAAGUAGAAUGCUGAGUGGGAACUGUCUGCCUGCUUCUCUAAUUCGGCAUUUAGUUAAAAACAUUUUUAGAAAACUGAUAGGGAUAGUCUGCAUAAAUUGUUCAAGUCCUUGCGGUACGACGGGUAUGAGUACUAUGACAAUGUGAUUUGGUGAGAGGGGAAUAAAUGGAGGGAUGGGGGAGGAGGUUGCUGCGUCUUGUUUUUAUUUCUUUUCUUUUAAAAAAAAAUCUUAUUCCUUCCUUGCUGUGCCCACCCAUAAAAAAUGUAUGACUGAGAUGUGAGCUUUUUGUGGUUGGGCUGUCUGGUGUGGUCUGCUUGUUCAACUUCUCUUCUUCCAUCGUGUUUUUCUGUCGUCCAAAUAAUAAUUAUGUUCCAGGCAGAAUAUAACUUUCAUUAUCAUGCAGCCUCUCUAUAAACAUCUCGCCUUGGCUCUUUUGAUUUUUUUUUUCUUUCUGUUUUGACAUUUUUUCCUUUUCCUCUGGCAUGGUAGUGUUAAGUUAUUGUAGUGAUGGCUUGCUUUUCUUUAACAAUGGCUUCUUGACUAUUGAUAAUCUACUGGCUGCAGGGUAUAAUGAAAAGCAUUCUCAAACAAAUUUCUCAUCCUCUGUCUUGGGCUGAAAGGGGUUUGUCUUUCAUUUUGUCUGUGUAUGCUAUACUAUUGAUGCAAAAUGAUGGAAUAAAAAUAAUGUAUGUGAUGAAUCAGCAA